AUGCUAGCCCCUGGGCGGGCUGGGCACGAAAAAGAACUUGUUAGUCCUUUUUUCGAAACUGGCGCGUCUGGGGAUAAGGUAUGCCCUAAUCUGUCUAGUCUUAAGCUGAAUAUGCGCGUAGCUUCUACACUUCGUCACAAUGGGUCGCCUGGUAGGAAAUGCGACAUCGACUGCCCUUCUUUGAUGCUCCCAUCCGGCAUUUCCCAAGUCGGGGCUAUUACACAAAAAUUCUUCCUAAUCCUAAAUGCCCCCGUCUACUCAGGUCUGUUUCUGUACAGCGAGCCACUCGACUUCGUCAUCAAGCAGAACAGAAGCGAAAGCGAUUUAUUCUGGCUCGGUCUUAUGCUGGUUCAAGGUUUUGCUAAUCAAGCUGAUCUGAUGCACUCUUCUGGGAGAACAAAGGUGUUGCCGCAUAUCUCCUCAACCGUUGCGGAUACCGCGACCAUGAAUCCGUAUUGCUUCCAGGAUAACCUUACGUAA